AAAAAAAAAAAAAAAAAAAAAAAUAUUCGUCUCGGCAGCGCUCGGCCGGAUAUACGAUUCGUAGCAGCGGCUCAAGGCCAAAGCGUGAAGGAACCCCGGAACGAUCGAGACCGUAGUGUCUCGCCUUACCGACUGGCGAUCACUCUCCCGAAGACGCUGCUCCUCUCCGAGUCUCUAUUCCACGAGCAGCCGCCCGAGGUCGCCUCGCACGCUCUCCGCAGCGGUUGCAGUUUUUGCAGCUUGCAGCGACAGCGGCAGCGGCAGCAGCGGCGGUGGCGGUGGCGAUGACUGUGGCGAUGGCGGUGGCGGUGGCGGCGGCGGCGGCGGCGGAGGCAGAAGCGAUCGAGUCUCUGGCAGAGGGGUCCAAAAACCAGGGAGCGAGAGCCCGUGUAACGGGGUCUAGAUUUCAGUGCGCAUCAGGGCUCUCGCCGAACAUGAUAAGGCUUCGCCCGGGGGCCGCUCGACCGACUGGCACUGACCCGCGGAGUAAGACGAGGACGGUGGUGGUGGCGGCGGUGACGGCGGUGGCAGCGGCAGCAGCAGCGGCGGCGGCGGAGGAGGAGGAGGAGCCGAUCAUCAGGCGGCAGCAGCAGUAUGACGAGCAGCCACGUAUACCACCACGCCAAAUUUCGAUGGACAGAAAAUCUCACCUGCCGGUUCAUCCAGCUGAGGAAGGAGCACGGCAAGAUGUUCACGGGACGGAAGUAUUCGGCCCAGGUUGGAUGGGAGUAUAUUCUUCGACAAAUGAGAGAAGAGUUUCCAACCAUUAUGGCUGACGUUCACUAUCGAGUACUUAAGAAGAAAUGGUCUAACUUAUUGCAGCAAUAUAAAGAGCUGAAGAACCCUGUGCACGGAGAUAAGAAUCGAGCCGACGACAUAUCCUGGCCCUUCUAUACGGCUAUCGACGAGGUUCUCGGUAACCUCGGACUGCCCUCGUCACAGCGUCGCGCGAGCUGCACCGAUGAGCACAACGUUCCUGACGACGAAGACCUUGAUCCCCAGGAGUUCCUGUACGUAUCCGUUUCUCAAGACGAUGAGAACGAUGAGAGCGCCAGCGUCGAUCACCUGGGUAUCAAUGAGUAUCAGCGCAGCGAAAGCGAAAGAGUUCCGGGACUUCCGAGGCUUCAACCGCUCAGACAGGAGCGCAGACGUGGUCCUGUGAGCGACUCCUUCUCCGAGAGAACGACAAGACGAUCGACGACGAGUACGAGGAAGCGCCUUGCCCCCGCGGACGGGGUCGAACUACUGGCGCGGCUUCCGGCUGCCGUCGAGCUCUCGAUGAGGCCGAUCUGCAGAAGCGGCGCCGAACUCCCGGCUCUCGAGCCCAUCUCGACAGCGACUAACGGUUCGCCCGACUCCGAGGAGUGCCCCGGAGACGGGAAUCGUCCGAGGAAACGCGGUCGGGAUACCGAAGAGCCCGGCCAGGAGAGCGAGACCAGGCUUGAAAGGAGGAUCGCCGAGUUCUUCGAGUACAUCAAGAGGCGCGACGAGGAGAAUAGGAGCAUACUCAUGAGGAUGCUCGUGGCCAUUGAGGAUAUCAGGAACGUCGUUAGCUGAUAAGGGUCGAGUACUCUCGUGCCUCCUCGUUCUCCCCCUUCCACAUCCCACCUCCUCUCUCAACCCCACCCCCAUCACUCACACCCGGCACUCAUCCAUGCGCGCUCGGUGGUUAGCUCGGUGCCCUCGCUUUACAAGGACUUUGAUAUAGAAAAGGGACGCUACGUUAUUGAUUACCGGUCGCCCAACGUGGUUACUAGUUAUUAAUC